CAUUUCGAUUAAAAAACGUAAAUAAUAAUUAUAAUUUUGUAAGUGCAGGGUAAAUUUAAGUAAUUACCAUGGAUUAGAAGUGAUAGUGAUCAGAAAGUGUCAACAUGGCUGUAUCUGCGCAGCGGGACCUUGUGAGCUCGAUGAAAACAGAAACAUUCUUGAAUGUUUCCAUUAUUAGCAAGUUGCACCCUCUGCCUUCCGAUUUGAAGCAAAUAUUCAAUAAAGAUGCGUUGGAGAAGCUCACACAGAAUGUGUUUAAUCCACUUUCGUAUUAUUUAGUCACUAUUGUGGAUCCUGUAAAGGCGUCAUCGUUUUCAUGGCCUUUGUAUGACACCAAGACGGAAAGAGCUUAUAGAAACGAGCUUUCAAGCUUUAUAGCAGAUUACAGCAGUAAAGGGUUGCUGUCUCCAGUAAUGUCGUCGUAUUUAGUGAAUCCAGCUUGUUACAAAGUGACCCUGUUUAUGUUUCAACUAUCCCAAUUGGCUGUACAGGGCACACUUAAGUCCAUGAUGAAAAAAGAACAACAAAAAAAACUGUACGCGGAAAUCACGGAAAAAUACAAAACACAAAAUCAAGAAGGCUUUUCCCAAGCGAUUGAGAAAGAAAAUGAGGUUGUUUUGCUGAAAUUAUCAAACUAUUUACAAAAGAGGAAGAACUAUGAGAGAAUAGCUGAGCUAUUUCGAAAUGGGAUCACUUCCAUGGAGGAUAAGUUAACUAAAUUAAAACCUAAAGAAAAAGUUGCAAGUUUAGUGGAUAGCUUUGUGAAAAAUAACUCAAUAGAUGAAGAAACUAAAUCUAGUAUAUUAGAAAUAAAGAACUUCAAUAAACCUGCUCAAUACUUCAGUAAAUGGCUUGAAAACAUUGACCUAGAACUGGAUCGCUUAGAAACAGAAUGGAACACCAAAAUGUCACCAAUUGUAAACUCUGCAUCAAAAACAAUGGAAUUAAGUAAAGAAUUAAUAGAAAGACAAACUGGAGAGGCUGAUAAAAAUUCUUUCGUACUUGAAUAUAAUCCAAACACUGACGAAAUAAAUACAAAAGUAUUACAAGAGAAAGUGAACAGUCAACAGAAGUAUAUACUUAAGAAUAUAGUGAGAAAUGACCGGUUAAGUUUCCCGAACUUGAUUCGAAGUUACAUCGUGGCAGUGAGUUAUAUUUUAAAGAACAAGCAGGUUGGGGAUGAGGUAGUAAGGUAUAAUAAGUACUUGGAGCAGAGCAGUAUGAGUUAUACGGAGAUGGUUGAGGGUAUGAGAGCUUUGACUGAAAGAUUGAGAAAUGCGGAGGCUCGUUUGGAGCCAUCGUCGCUAUCAUUCAACCAGUCAAUAUCAUUAAAAGACGUCAACGAAAUACCACCCGUACCAGAUCUGGCCGAUCUUUCAAUGAAAAGGGAGAACCACACAUACCUCGACAUGCUCACUCCUCUCGGAACAACCAGACAUCACUUCAACUUAAGGAGAGCAAACACUACAUCUUUCGUUAAGCCGCAGAACAGAUCCUUAAUGUACCAAGCACCGAGGGACGAUUUCCUGAAGAACUUUAUAACCGGUCCGUAUGACCGACAGAACUCAACUUCAAAUGUUCAUAACUUGUCCAUCAUCUCACAAGUACAAGCAAGAAGUAAUGAAACUAUAGCGGAAUGUGCUGCUGGCUUUACGAAACAGCAAAUACAGAGACUACUCUCAACUCACAAAAAAUCUAGUAGUACAAAGAAACACAAGUUUAAACUUGAUAGACCUAGCAUGAUCAUCAAAAAAGGUGGUCUAUUCAAUGCCUCAAAUACAUCUAAAGCUGGUUUUAAUGUCUCAAAUACUUCAAGUGAAAACGGACUGUUCCGAUGCCAUUCCUCACCAAAUCUGUUUGAAAACAAAGAAAAUAAAUAUACUAAGAGAAUUAGAAAACUGUCUAUCAUGCAAGAAGGCAGCCCAUCUCUCCUAGAAGUCUCCGGGAUCACUACUUUAGAAGAAAAAAACACACCAAAGCGAGAGAAACUACCAAUAAUAGAGUCUCCAAAUUUCCCGAUACCAACUAUAAUCAUAACGCCAGCAAAAGCCAAAAUCAUAGACAAUUUGAACGACAAUAUAAACAACAUUGAAAACAGCUUAGAGUCUGGUAUAGCGUCUAUGUGCUCUAAAAAAUUCAUAGACAACGACAAUGAUACGCCAAAAAGCAAGAUUCCAGUGCCUAUAAAACAAACAAGUUCCAUAGAGAAAAUAAUAAAUAGAUUUAAAAAGGUACGCGCAAAUGUGAUCGCUCAGGAUGAAAAAGACGAUGAGAUAAAGACAAUAUUUGAAGAAAAAGAGAAUUUUAACGCAGUAAAUGUAGACGUGUUCACAGCGAACAAGGUGUUAUUGCCAGACUUGUUAAGUCCGAGUUGUAGUGUGCUAUCGAUGAAAGGGAGUGAGUUUUUGGAGGAGAUCUGCGAUGAAAUGGAAAAGACUGAAGGCAGAAGGCCUAGAGAGAGUUUAGGGACCGCUUUAGGCGUUGAUGACACGUUUUUAGACCAAUUCGAUCUAAUAGACUGAAAUUGUUUUACACCAUGUUUUUAUUAGAUCCCAAUAAUUUAAUCUGCAUAAAACGUAAUUUGCACAACUUACGCUUAACUUAAGAUUCAUUAAAGUGAAUGCAUUAUAACUAGAGAUGCACCGAAUAUUCGGUUACUAUUCGGUUUCCGGCUUAUCCGGCCCUUAUUUUAAUAUUCAGCCGGAUACCGGAUAGUGACGUACUAUCCGGCCGGAUACCGGAUGUGCUAUUUUAGAUUGAAUGAUUUUGGGAUAGAUAAUUGUAAAAAAACAGUUACGGUUGUAAUACUUUUAAAUUUUAAUCAUAGCCUUUUAUUAUUAAAAAAAUAAAACUAGUUUUUUGCACUUAAAACGGACUCCGCACGAAGUUCACUACGCAACAAAUCAAAACCUGCACGACGCGCCCGCUCCCUGCUUAAAUUGUAGGUAUUGUAGGUAAAAUUCUGCUGGCAGAAUAUUCGGUAUCCCUAUCCUGUAUCCGGCCAAACAACUAUUCGUUGCAUCUCUAAUUAUAACGCACGUUAAAGUAAUUGAACAGUCAUUUUUAGUUAUUGGGAUCUAAUAGAAACACCAUGUAUAUAUUAGUUUAGGAACUGCUGUUGCUUUGUACGUUAUUUGUUAAUGAAUUUCUCGAUAUUCUACAUUAAAGAUGUAGCUGAGUAAAAACAUGCCAUACGUAACAGUGGCGGGGCGUGAAAAUUUUCAUUGGUAAAGCCGGAGGGGUUUUUGGCAUCUGUUUUGUAUGGACUUCUACAGAUACUAGAGAAUUUUAGGAACCCGUUGGGAAUCGAGUUGUAUCGACGCUCCGCGACUGAUACGUAAUUAAAUCAUGAACUGUUUUGAAAUGUCAGUUCUUUUCAAUAUUUUUUUGCACUAAUAAUAAGGGGCGGUCCAUAAACGUCACACGAAUUUUAGAUUUUCUAUUUCACCUAUCCACUGGAUAGCAUCCAGCUUUUAUUGUUAGAUUGUCACAUGUAUACCUACAGUCUAGACAUUUCACGUACCUUGUGGAUGACCCCUGUUUUCUGCUGCUACAAAAAUAUCUACAACUAACUAGCCGAUUCGCAUCUAAGUUUGUGUCCUAUACCAGCAGUUCUCGAAAAGUUUGUACAAAAAUUAAGGAAAAAGUUAAAUUUGUUUUUAUUAUUCCUAUUUUGCUACCAAGAUUUUUUUGAUAAAUUGAGAUUUUAUAAGUUUUAUUUCGUCA